UAUAUGAUUCAAUUUAAUUCAAGAAAAAAAUAUUUCACAUAAAUUCAUGCUUUUUUAACACAAAACACUAAUAUCGAUUAACGUUUGUUUGCCGAGUGCCUUCUCCCACAUGAGGCCAUGAAGGUUGCUUAGAAAGGAGCAUAACAAAGCAUGCAGAAUAUUCAGAACAGAGCGGUUGUGGCAGCAAAAGACCAGAGGAUAGCAACGACAGAAAGUGAUUAGCGUCUAGUCGGCGAAGUCAGAGAGUUGUGCACUACCUUCCUAGUCGAUUCAGAAUCUGUCCUCAAAGGCUCAAGCUCAGUUCCUUUUAAUGAAAUGGGUCUCUGGGAUUCUUUUCUCACCUGGCUCCGCAGGUUGUACAAUUGCUGUGAAGUUGAUCAAAUCCACAACUGUAGAAUGAACACUAAAAAAUACAAUUUGUAAGAGGCACAAGUCCUGUAGCGGCUCCUGCAACUUGAAAUUCAUCCAAGCUCCCUUAUCGCAGUGGCAUUUGAAUAACUUCUUCUCAUCUAUCUAUCCAUAAACUUUUAUGAGGGACAGUGUGUGUAUCUGUGUUUAUUUUGUUUCAUUGACUUGUGUUUUUAUGGAUAGCACAACUGGUUUGUUGGUUCCUCCAAAUCCCUAUAAUUUUUCUACAUUUCUGUAUCAGCUUAUUUUUUAAGCAGGAGAUGGAACUGUCUCUGGUAGGUCUUCAGAAUGCAGGGAAGACAUCACUAGUCAAUGCAAUUGCUACAGGAGGAUACAGUGAGGAUAUGAUUCCAACUAUAGGGUUCAACAUGAGAAAAGUGACAAAGGGAAAUGUCACAAUAAAGCUUUGGGACCUAGGAGGACAAAGGAGAUUCCGAACAAUGUGGGAGCGUUACUGUCGUGGUGUUUCUGCUAUUGUGUAUGUUGUAGAUGCUGCUAAUAGGGACAGCAUUCCUGUCUCUAAAAGUGAGUUACAUGACCUCCUGAUGAAACCUUCUAUGAGUGAGAUUCCUUUGCUUGUUCUUGGGAACAAAAUUGACAAGUCAGAAGCACUAUCCAAACAAGCAUUGGUAGAGCAGUUAGGACUUGAGUCAAUCAAAGACAGAGAGGUCUGCUGCUACAUGAUUUCUUGCAAGGAUUCCAUAAACAUCGAUGUUGUCGUUAAUUGGCUUAUCAAGCACUCCCGAUUUGCAAAAUGAUCCCUCGUCCUGACCACUUUCUUCAGUUUUGGUCGUUAAGA